AUGGGGGAACCGGGCUCCAGUAAUCAGAGGGAGACUGAAUCGGAGCGGACACCACUUCUGCCAGACUCAGAGAGACAGCCGAAUAAGAGUUCCAAGGCUCCUCUGAAGAAGGUCGCUCGAUGGACUGCCCGGAAUGCUGUCAUCAUCUGCAUGAUAUAUAACAAGAAAAAACACAGCCACAAAGCUAGUGUAUGCCUCACACCUGCAUGCGUUCAUGCUUCCUCCGAAAUCCUCUAUAACCUCGACACCGACUACAAGAACAUUGAUCCAUGUACGGACUUUGAGCAGAUGGUUUGUGGUGGAUGGGACGACCGCCAUGAUCUGCGACCGGAUCAAGGUGAUGCUUUCACAGGAACAAUUAUGAGCGAGAACUCGGCGAUGUUACUUAGGCAUAUCUUGGAAGCACCGUACCCGAAUGACUCGAAGCACUCGAGCUUCUCUCCCGCACAACUCGUUAAAUCCCUUUCUUCCGUCGACGAACAAAAUUUCGACAAAUUGAAGUCUGCAUACGAUGCUUGCAUGGAUGAGGAUACAAUCAAGACGGCCGGUAUCAAGCCUCUUAUGGAACUACUUCAUGAAGUUGCCGAUCUGUUUCCCGUCAUGGAGUCCGCUUUCAACAGGAGAACACCUCUGGUUGCGACCGACAGUAAGAGCAUCGCAGAGACAAUUCUUUACCUCUCCAAGCAAGGCGUCUCAGCCCUCGUGUCAGCGGGUGCUGGAGCCGACGACAAAGAUCCCGACACCGUGGUUGUACAGGUAUCACCUCCUUACAGAAUUGGUCUUCCGGCAAAGGACUAUUACAAUAAUGCGGCCGUGGUCAAGAAGUAUGAAGAUACUCUGGCCAAGAUUAUUGCAAACUUACACCCCGACCACAAGCACGAGAAUGCUACCCUCCAUGCUGAAUGGAUGAAGGUAAAAGGUCAUGGAAAAGUUGCUGCCAGGGGCGAUGGCAAAAAUUACGCUCACGAUGUUGUUGAGUUCGAGAAGCUGCUAGCUGCGGCUUCUCCCGAUGCAGAAGACAGUAAUGACGUUACAAAAUAUUACAAUCCUAUGUCCUUGAAAGAAGCAGAUUCUCUUACUCCCCAAAUCCAUUUGGCGACCAUCAUCAAUGGCCUUACACCAUCGAAUUACAAAACCGAUCGUCUUAUCAUUGCCUCUCCCAGCUAUAUGGCAAAUGUAUCAGAUAUUAUAUCAAGCACUUCGAAAGAGGUCCUUCAAACGUACUUUAUGUGGAAGGUCAUUCAGGCAUACGCUUCCAAGGUUGAAGCAGACGAGCUCAAGCCAUACACUCAAUUUACAAAUGAACUUCAAGGCAAAGACCCUGACUCUGCCCCUGAGCGGUGGCGAACAUGUGUUAAUCACGUAGAUGAUGGACUUGGCUGGAUCUUGAGUCGAUUCUUCGUUGAGAAAGCUUUUUCAGAAAAGGCAAAAGACUUUGGUGACCAGAUCGUGUCUGACAUCAAGGAGAUGUUUAUCGGCAAGCUGCAGAAGACGACCUGGAUGGACAAAAGUGUUAUCGCGUUGGCUAUCGAGAAAGUGCACAAGAUUGUGCAGAAGAUUGGCUAUCCAACCAAGAGCCCAAACAUUAUGGAUCCGCCUAGCCUACAAACUUAUUAUCAAUCCGUCAACAUCACGCCUACUACAUUCUUCCAAAAUACUCUUAAUAUGAAUCGCUUCGGCGUGGUGGAAGAAUGGUCAACCCUUGGAAAACCGGUCGAUCGAGACUCUUGGGGGAUGACAGUCCCAACGGUUAACGCUUACUACAAUCCACCAGGCAACGAAAUCGUUUUCCCAGCCGGAAUCAUGCAAUUUCCUGUGUUCGACGUCAAUGUGCCGCAAUAUUUGAGCUACGGUGCCUUUGGUUCAGUGUCAGGUCACGAGCUUUCCCAUGCCUUCGAUUCAACAGGACGUCACUACGAUCAAAAUGGGAACUAUACUGAUUGGUGGACGAACAGCACCGUCGAAGGCUUCAAGGAACGUGCCGAAUGCUUCGUGGAUCAAUAUGCUGAGUAUACUGUACCUGGACCUGACGACAAACCAUUACAUGUCAACGGGAAGCUCACUCUUGGCGAGAAUAUUGCUGAUGCAGGAGGAGUAACAGCAGCUUUUGCGGCAUGGCAGAAACGCCGAGCUGAGACGCCAAACGAAGAUCUGCCGGGUCUCGACUAUUUCACCCAAGAACAACUAUUCUUUGUCAGCUAUGCUAACUGGUGGUGUGGAAAGAGCAGAAAGGAGACAGCGAUCAAUAGAAUAUAUACAGAUCCGCAUGCGCCAAAAUGGGCGAGAAUUCUGGGGACGAUGGCAAAUUCGAGAGAUUUCAAGGAGAGCUUUAAGUGCGCAAAGAAAGACCCCAUUUGCGAACUCUGGUAG